CCCAGAUUGGGGGAAUUUAGGCGUUCUUGACGGGUUGAUCGGGGCCUGGGUUCUGUAGCCAUGUUGGGCACGAGUUUGCAAUGGGGACCUGCGCACCAGGGGGAUCGCUCCUACAUUGCCGUCAAGCCGCGGAGGAACCAUCGCCGUCAACACCAGCGGAGCCCGCAAAGGUCCCGGUGCAACCCUUCCACCGCCGCCGCUGGAGUGUCCCCUGCCGACCCUCCGGUUUCCAAGGACGGCGGCGCUGUGGCGGGGGUCGCCGAUUCCCGUGACUCGAACAACCAGGCUGGAUUGGAGGAGCCACCUUCGAAGCCCCUGUCGGUGGCCCCUCGGCCCUGUAACUUGGAUCGAUUCUUGGAGUCCACCACCCCAUCGUUUCCCGCUCAAUACUUGUCCAAGACGACGAUUAAAGGGUGGAGGACUUGCGAUGUGAAGUUCAAACCGUAUUUUGCUCUUUCAGACCUCUGGGAGUCAUUCAAGGAAUGGAGUGCUUACGGUGUCGGUGUUCCUCUUCUUCUUCAUGGCAAUGAUAGUGUCAUUCAGUACUACGUUCCCUUCUUGUCUGGGAUUCAGUUGUAUGGUCAAUCGCGCGCCCCAUCUGCCAGUUCUAGGCAGAUGAGUCAGGAAAGUGAUGGAGAUUGUCGUGAUUCUAGUAGUGAUGGAAGUGAUGAAUAUGAGUCUGAAAAGGGCCUGAACUAUUCAAGUGAGUGGAUAUCAACUGGUGGCACCAGUCUGAGGAUGAAUAAGUUGUAUGUGAGUGAGAAGCAAGCACACAGGCAAGAUGGAUCCUCUAGCGACGAUGAUAAUUUUGGAAAUUCUCAAUGUCAUCUGCUCUUUGAGUUCCUUGAACAGGAUCCUCCAUUCAUUCGUGAACCUUUAGCUGACAAGAUUUCCGAUCUUGCUAGGCACUUUCCUGCACUAAAGACACUUAGAAGUUGUGACCUGUUGCCAUCCAGUUGGCUUUCUGUUGCAUGGUACCCUAUAUACCGGAUACCAACUGGCCCAACCUUGAAGGAUCUGGAUGCUUGCUUUCUGACCUUUUAUUCUCUUUCUACAUCGGCAAAAGAUGAUGGUAUUGCUUGUCCAAGCAUUAAGCACUCGCAGGAGGUAGAUGGUGUACAUAUGAUAUCUCUUCCCCUUUUUGGGUUGGCAUCCUACAAGUUCAAAAGCACUGUAUGGACUCCUAAUGGUGGGUCUGAGUUGCAACUGGCAAACUCCCUGCUGCAAGAUGCAGACAACUGGUUGCGCCUCCACCAUGUUGAACACCCGGAUUACAAGUUUUUUGCUUCGCAUGGUGCAUACCGAAGAUGAAAUCUAGCAGUUAGUGUCUAGGUUUUCAUUGUCUAAUGUUCCCAAUAGGAUGAAACUGAUGACUGAAAGAUGGAUGGGUACACGUACACAUCUUGGAGGCCCUUCACUAUUUUAGUGGGCCCUUGCAUGAAUGUUGUUGAGAGCAUGAUUUAGGAAAGUAGGGCAGGAUAAGGAGAGCAAGGACAAAGAUUUGUCGAAAUAAAAUUAAAAAAAGACAAAUGGGAAAAAAAGAAAAUGGCAGAAAAGAUACCUCUGCUGGAGGGCUGGAGGAAGGGAAAAGAGGGGGGAAAAAAAAAAAAGGAAGGAAAGAGUAAAAUAAGAUGAUGAUGAGCUCGAUGAAUUGAAGGGGAACUGAACGCUUAAGCUGGUGAAAGAUGUGCCGUGCAGGUUGGAUCGCCCUGGGAACUAGAUCUGGUAGACGACGACAAAGGGGUAAAUGUUCUGUGUGCUUUUCGGUUCACGGAUAUUGGAGUGGACAUAGGUUUUUUUGUAUUAUGUCCUCAUAAAUCAGAAGGUCAUGCCUAAUAAUAUUCUUUGGCAUGUCCGAUGAAGCCCCUUGAUUCCAUCUAAUUCAGGCUAACUUGAUUGUAUUUUUUUGUUCUUUUUCUUGUUCUGUAUGACUGGAACUUUUUUAACCAAUAGGAACUGGGCUUAGGUAUGUUCGUGA